GCUGACUUUCCCCACCCUUGGCUAUACCAGGAAAUUCGGGGGCAUCGUUACAAUAAUCACACAGGCUCCAACCAAGUCUGCAUCUACCAAUACGGCUCAGUCGGAUAACCGAUAGAUUAAUAAACUGAUGCCGCGUUUUGACUUGAUCACCCUUAGCCUUCUUCCGACUUACUCAUACACCAAUAUCAGCGAAGUAAACUAUUAAUGAUUAAACCAAAAUAGGUGGAUCGGGGUUCGAAUCUGGAAUUGAUCGGUCUAUAGUUUGAUGUUUUGGACAUCAAACCUCUGUUCCAUGGAUGUUGUCGGGAUUCUUACCUACCCCAUAUUUCCCCAUCUUGUUCGAGUCCCUGUUUUGGUCAUGUACUGAGAGUUAAAAACACCUUAAUGUCAUAGUAGAUAUAAUUUACUACGAUGUCUAGUGAUAAAGCAUUCAAUUGAUUUUAAACUGUAACUUGAUUAUUCAAAAUCGUAAAGAUAUGUUGUGCCGGGCGGUCAUCUGAUACUGAUACUGGCAAACACACUAUGUGUGAACACAACAUGAGUGAGAAAACAAAGGUUCAAUAGGAAACUUUAUUGAAUAGCUGGAUCAAAUGUGUCCGCAUACUCAUUCACAGAUAUUGAUGUCUCUCGGAUAAUCAAGCUAAACUUCGACCAAUAACAUGCACUCAUCAGCACCUAUCUUUUGACCCUAAACUGAUAUCUGAUUGCUUGAGCCUACCAAUUAGUUUUACUUAUUUGAAUUCUUUAAAUUCCAUGUAUUAUUACUAGUUUCAUGACAUGCUAUUUUUCAUCCUUUUUUCAGUGAUUAAAAAUCCUUUGACAAUUUAUUUGUUCCUCUUUAAUGUCAUUCAAUUCGCCGGUUAUCUUUAUGUUUGUGGAGCUCUGGUCUAUGGAUUAAUGCAGUAUAAAGAAGUGCAUAAAAUACCAUUUUAUGAAUGGAUUAUCGAUAGAUUAGUUUUUGUGCAAAUUUUAUCAAUUUUGGAACCGUUGCAUGCUUCAUUAGGUUGGAUUCGUGGUGGGAGUGCCUUACCUUCAGUUUUUCAGGAUCCCGGAGCCCGUGUACACCAUUGGCUUGGAAUGAAGUUUUUCCAACUCUCCUAAGUGGAUCCUCCAUACUCAUCAACUCGCUUAAAGCGUCGGACAUCCGUUUUUCGUCUUCUCAAUUUCGUAAACCACACUACCGCCACGAAAAGUCAGUGAGUAGGACUUCCCUAUCAGUGGUUGUAUGUACGUGGCCAUGUGAUAGCAUUUCGAGAUGGUGAGCUGACUCUCCCCAUCGUCAGCUGUACUAAGGCAUUCGAGGGCAUAACCGUUACUCAUAUUAUUUUUAAAAUAAAAAACUGUCUAUGAUCUUGUGAUAUUCUUGUUAGUUUGGUUCAAAUAUAGGCAAACGUUUUUGAAUAAUAUCUAAACAUGAAUACAAAUGCUGUACAUGGCGUACUACACUUAUUAAAUGUCAACAUUUUUAACAUUAAAUGACUGAUACGCGACAUUUAUUAAUGGAAGUAACACUUACUUACGUAAUCAUUAAUGUUAACAGUGGUUGUUUACCAAUAGGAUAAACGUGACAUGGGAUAGUUUUUUCUGCUAGUGUUUUGCAAUCAACAAUCAAUUUUCAGAUUGUAGUUCUUGUUUCUAGAUUUACAUCUGUUAAUUGAAAUUUAAAAUUCGACUGAUUGAAGUCUAUACACAGCAAAUCUUGUCCACGAAUAUUAGUUGACUUCAAAAAGUUAACAUUUCGCCUACAAAAUGUUCUAGAUUGUAAAACUUAUCAGUGAAUGAAUAUAAUCCAGUUCAUGUUGUAUGUUUUAGGUGUUCAUUUUAACUAUUAUCUUCCUGGUUUAUUUGUUCUAUUUGAAGAUCAUGACCUCAAUGUUAAAAGUAAAGGGAGGAGUCAUUCAAUCAAACUGUAGUCUAAAUCUUCAAAUUGUCAUAAAAACUCACUCUUGAAUGUUGUAAUCUGAUGAAUAUGUUUCCGUGCAAAUUACCAUAAGAUCGUUUAAGAAUCAUCAUAAACCACUAUGCAACAUAUUAAGUAUUACGUAGCAUUUUUACAUAAAGAAUUAUGUUUUUUCUAAAAUAAUUCCAAAUUAUCUCACUUCUGACAACUUUCAUGCAGACUUAUGACUAAUCACACCUGUCAUAUUGUUGUGAACGAGAACGCAGGUGGGAACAACCAACGUUUUUUAACACAAAAUUACAGAGUUCUUUGGGGAAAUGUGAAAACCAUACGUUCAGUACUUCAUUUUCAAAUCCUCCAUCAAUUGUCUUAAACGUCAUCGUCCUUCAUCGCCACAGCAACUACUGUCUGUUCCUGUUCUCUUCAAUUCUAUCUUCCCAACCUUCUGCUGUCAGACAUUCCACUUCCGACUGGUGUUAUAUAUUAUAUCGACAUAAAUAGCAUACAUCGUAAUAGUAGUGGGAUUAAUCCUUUCUUCAGUAAUAAUCAUUUUUGUCCACUUAACUAAUAUUCUCUUCUGUGAUCUAAUUAUCUACCUCUUACAUAAAAUUGAUCGACCACUAAAUAGUCACUUAAAUAAAUAUCACUCAGAGUCGCAGUUGAGUAGGUUUAUUUAAACUUUAACGGACUCCUUUUGAGUGUCCUCAUGAAAUGUAAUAACUAGUUUUUCAAGAAUAAUCUCUGUUACAAUAUUCGGUUCUUUGUACGCUUACUUAGCUUUUUAAUGGUUUUUAAAAUUAAAACCAAAAAUUUUUAUUCAUAAAUUUUUUUGUAUUCUGCCCAUAGUUGUUUGGUCGUUCCCUUGUUUUGUUUUGUAUUGUAUUGCCACAUGCUGAAUUCCAUUCUGCGUCUACAACUUAUUGGCUUUUCUUUUCAUGGAGUCUCAUCGAAGUUGUUAGAUAUCCAUAUUACAUUUUAUCAUUAUUAAGUUUUCAAAAUGGACUUAUCACUUAUUUACGUCAUACAUUGGGGAUAAUAUUAUAUCCUAUUGGAUUUAUAUGUGAAGGUAAAUAAGAAUUAAAAAAUAAAUAAAUAAUACCGAUAGGUUGUCUUUCUAAUGUUUUUUUUUUUAGUGAAUUGUAUUUUAUUUAUUUAUUUUUUAAUGGAGUUUUGUUCUCUGAGCUGGAUGGUUUGGUCGUGGAGUUUUCAUUGUUCUUUUGAAUGACAUCAUCAGCGGCAAAAACUUCAGGUAGAAGUCUACUUCUAGUGUAAAGUCUACUUCUACCUGAAGUUUGUGCUGAUGAUGUCAUUCAAAAGAACGAUAAAAACUCCACGACCAAACCAUCUAGCUCAGAGAACAAAUCUCUAUCAAAAUCACCCACUUGCGCUACAAAUCUCCACUAUCUCAAAAUUGUAUUUAUUUUUUUAUUUUUUUAGUCUAUAGAAAAUAUUUAUACUAUAAGACUACUUAUUGAGUUUAUACCUUUCACCAUUCGAAUAUCAUAAUGUUUAAUGUGGCGAUAUGGAUCUAUACACGAUAUAUACCAUGUUUGACAUUGGUUUUGAUUAUGUAACUAAUAGACAGACGUAAUUUUAUUAUUCAGUUAUAAGUAGAAUUUCGUAUUCUUCUUCAAAAUUCUCAUCUAAAUUUGCAUAUGUCGUUAAAUUUCGUGUCUAAAUGGGAAUAUUAAACUCUCUUUAUAGAAUAUAACACAUAACGUUGUGAAGGAUAUUGACUAUUCUCUUUUCUUUUCAUCAUCCUCUUGAGGGCUUAUGAAGGAGUUAGUAGUGUGAAUGUGAUUUCAGAAAUUCUUGUACACGUUUUAUUAAUAAUGCUUUGGCGAAACUAUAAUUUAUGGACGAACCAAUCAGAUAUAAGAUAAUAGGUCUUGAAUUUUGGCGUGAAAUUCAUUCAUCCAUUUGGCUACCUAACGUCUUGGUAUUUUAGGUGAUGUCAGCUCGUGAUGAAAAUUCUAAAUCUAAUUCCCAACAGAAAUCAUCAACUGUAAAUCAUAAUUCUAAUUCCUCACACUGGUUUACAACCCUCAUUUAGUCCUAGUUAGUAGGUGGACAUUCUCAAGGUCACUCUAGUGUCUCUCAAAGGUCGUCCAUAAAUUAUAGUCUCAUGGAUACUACUUUUUAUUAUCUUCGUAAAUAGUAUGUUAUUCAGAUCACGAACCAGUCUCAGUUAGACAGCCAUUAAAAACCUGGAAGCACUGAACAGUCGUUUCGUCCUGACAUGGGACUCUUGAGCAGCGUGCAUCAACCUUAAAUCAGUAAGUCACUCGUCUACAACGUACGACCAGGUACAUAUAUGUGUCGGUCCAAGUUGCCACACCUCAUUAGCAUAACAAGAUGAACGCCGAAUUCAUAUAAGGAUAUGAUAGAGGGAGAAAGAAACACUUCGUAGAAAGAAAGGUAUAAAGUAAUUUUAAUCUCAUGGUUGAAGGGCAGACAGAGUUAUCUGCCGACGCCAUCGUGGUCGAUUCUGAUUCAUGUCACCCAGAGUCUCCAAACAUUGGUUAUGAUAGUCGCGCGGAACCGACCAAAUAGUCUGCAUCUACCAACAUGGCUCAGACGCAAAGUUAGUGACUUUCUGGGUUGACAUCACGUUUCUGUUUGGCCUCUCCUAACUUUCUACCAUCCGUCGCUAACAAUAGUCAGCAAUGCGCGCCGUGGUGGUCGGUGGUUGGGCAUGUGUAAUAUGUGGCCGAACCAUCUCAGUCGAUGAAGAUCCACAACCUCAUUCCCUAAUACCCUGGCGUCUAACCUCAGCAUUACUUACCGGGUGAGCCCAGCUGAUGCGAGCAAAAUUUCUAAGACACCUGUGAUCAGAUAUUAGUAAAUUACGAGUAUUCUCUAUCCUCAAUGACCAUGUUUCGCGUCCGUAAUAUAAAACAGAACGAACUGCUUCUCAGUCUUACGUGAGAACGUUGGACCUCUAAACUACUGAGCCGGAAUCAAAUGAUGCUCAGUUCAUAUGUACUCAGUGACUUAAUUCAAGAGGAAAUUUCUAGGUUUAUAGUUAGAAGCUAAAUCAUGUCAAGUAUGAAAAAGUUUCCCACCAAAGGUAAUGAAACAUGAUCACGCAAUAUCAUAAAUGGAUGGAUUAAAGUUUGACUUUUACACCACUAGUGGUUUUGCAUCAAGAUAGUGUACAUCAUGUUAUAUAUAUAUAUAUAUAUUUUCACCUGUUUGGGUCAACGUCUGGUUAGUUAUUAUCGCAGAAUAAAUUACAAUUAGCUAUACAGUAGUAGUAAUUAUACAUCUAUAUUAUCAUCUAGUUUAUUUUAAUGAAUAGAUGAAUAAUUUGGUUGAAAUUAUUAUUACUAUUAUUGUUUAAACUUUCAUUUAAUGGAUUCCUUUUUUAACAGAGUUGAUAACUUUUUGAAGGAAGUAAUUCUGUCAAUAUUUUUAAGGUUUUGGAUCUUAUCCUACUGCUGAUAUUUAGAAUUGAAUUUUAUUCAGUCUUUGUUGGGAUUGUUAUAACUUGUGACCGCCGAUCAGAGAGCGGCGAAUUAUCGAUCGGACUAAGGACGCGUAAAACACGUGCGAGCAGCCUUGAGUUCUGAUUAGCCCUGCUUUCCGCCUACAUCAGCCAGUUAAGUCCAGAACACCAAUCCGAGCCUCUGCAAUAUGAAUCCUUAUAUUUCAAACAUACUGAGUUUAUAUACCAAUCAAACAGAUCACAACGUACCAAUAAAAUAUGAAACAACAUUUGUACAGGAAUUAGCCAUAUGUGGCUGUGAAUGUGGGAGGUAGUAUUUAAUAUACUGGGUAUAACUCAAGAAUGGUAAAACGUAUAAUAAUAGCUUAUGGGUCGAAAUAAAGCUUAUAAUAAGAGGAAUAUGAAUAUCCAUAGUUUAGUUACUUAAUAAUUAUACAAUAGAAAUAUACGUUUAGUAUUGGCCCAUAAAUGGAUCCCAAAAGUUACCAUUCACUAUUCUUGUCGGGACAUAACAGGGAUAUAUGUGAGUUCUCUACGGAUCGCCUCUAUGUAUUAUUCACUUUGCCGCAAGUUAUUCAGAGUAGAUAAAUACCAUAACCAGCAAUGGAAUCCAGGACUGGUGUUUCAUAUUAUUUAGGUUUUGUUAGCUAGCAGCAUGGUUAAAUCGAGGUAAUCCAUGCUGGAUUCGCAUAUAUGCCAACAACGAUUUAUUAAAAUUCAGUCUUGAAUAUCAACCAAUAACGGAAUAAUAGUUAACACCUUUUAAGCAUUAUACCUGUUGACCAGGUAAUGGGUAUUUGGACUAAGUAAGUCAGUGGUGAAUACAUGGGGUUGUGAAAUGAAAGGUACUAAAUUGAAGUCCCAAUAUGAACAUAAACAUUGAAAUGCAGGUACGUUCAGCUAGUGAGUCCUAAAUAGGAUGAAACUCUGCUUUGUGAACUUUACUUCUAACCACAAUCCUACUGUUCAAAAUUCUUAACUGACUUAUUAUUACUAAUAUCAACACUUAAAUUGAGAUUUAGUAAUCAGCAAUUCAACAGGGGAUGUUUUUUUCUUGGUCUCUAUAUUUCCAUCAUUAUUUAUUGUGAGAAAAUAAUAUGUAUUCUGUCCUUUUUACUAAUUAUUAGGUAAAUUAAUAAUUCGAUCACUGCCUUCAUUGGUUGAGUCUCGAAAAUUCUGUUUAGAACUACCGAAUCCAGCUAAUGUUAGCUUUGAUUUUACAACUUUUCUGCAAAUCUAUAUAUUUUCUAUGUCUUUUGGUAAGUGAAUUUUCGAGCUUAUAUUUAUUAAACAUGCUAACAACCAACGAUAUUUAUGAAAUGAUAAUUAAUCAGGCGAAUUGUACAAUGUUAGUUAUUAAAAGGCACCCGGCAUGAAAUCCUGCUUGGCCUACGUUUUGUGCUAGUACACUCGUCAUUAUUACGGUUUACCUUCCAUAUUGAGGGAAGAGAUGCUCCCUCUAGGAUUCAAACUUCAAGAGGUGCAGUCCAAUAGUAGCAUACGAUAAAACUAUCUCAUACAUCUAUUCUUUCCCUCAUUAUCUCGGAGCCACUCUCAUGUAUACCAUUGUUUUGAGAUCAGAGUUUUCCAACACCCCUAGCUAGAUGCUUCGUACACACCGACCCGGUUUCAGCAUCAGAUGUUCGCUUGUCAUACUUUCAUUCCCGUAAAUUACCCCUGUCAACAGAAUACUAUCUUACUACUCCACCUACCUAAUUUGUUUCCCCAACCCCGGCGCCCAAAAUACACAAAUUUCUAAUUGGACAGAUAAAUUAUAUUCUUUUUUAUUUAUACAGUAUUUUAUUGAUUUUUAUUUUCUCCGCAGGUUUAUACUAUAAUAUGAGACAUUUAUAUUUGAGACGGCGUAAAAUAAUUGGUCCUCGACCAAUUAAAGGAGCAGAUCAAAUGGGUUAUUUUUCUUUUGUACCAUUUUUGCGUUCAUUAGUUCGUGGAUCAAAUAUGAAAAAUCUCUCUACUACCACCAGUACUAUUAAAAAGAAGUAUGUAGAUAAUCGCAGCAGUUUACCGAAAUUAAACUAACUUAUUUCUUCGCAUAACAUGUAUAUUUCCAUGAUGUAAUAAUUGUUAAAUGAAGUGAUAUUUUAUUCUAUGUAUCUUAAUGAAUAAAUCAAUUGUUUUUUUAUUGUCUAAACCUUUUUCUUAUUUCAUUGAAAUUAUGGACCGAUCAAUGUUCGACCAACAUUGAAAACCUGAAAGUACUGGACGACCGUUUCGUCCUAGUAUGGAACUCCUCACCAGUGCUCAUCCACGAUCCCGCAUGCGGGAUUCUAAUUUUUGUUUUAUGCGAAUAUUGCAUAAUUUCAUUAACUUUCAAAGUCUUUGAUAUUAUUUAGUUAGACAACAAUGUUAAAUAGAUAUAUCUGUUUACCAAUUGUAUGUUUCAGUAUAAACGGGUUGAUGACAAAGUAUCUAAAUUCUCCGAUGUGAUACUUAGGCAAAACAGUAUAUUGUACAACGGUGGUAAUAAAAGAUACAUAUGAUAUGUGCUAGAAGAAUUUUUUCCAGGGAGUCACUAUUUAAGUGGAUAGAUGAUGAUUAAAAUUGGAUAAAUGCAGGAUGGGGAUGGUAGUAUGAAC